AUGUUCUACGCCCCCGCUCAGGACGUCCAGCGCCCCACCCACCCACGGCUGCAUGUCCGUGACGCUCGGGACGCACACAUCGUCUUCGAAGCUGUACGGCAAGGUCGGCUGAAGCCAGUCAUGCGACGGCUGAACGAGCUAGAGAGAUCCACUUAUAUUACCUCGGGCUCGCUGUUCGUCUGGGAGGAGAGCGACGACGAGAUGGGACUCAAGCGCUGGACCGAUGGCCGCGUCUGGAGUCAGUCCCGAAUGCGCGAGCCUUACCUGUUCUACGACGAAAAGCUUGGAGAUGAACCCCCCUCCGAACCUAAAACCAAGUGCACAUACCGCUUCGUGGAGGGACCCUCACGGACGUGGACGUCCUCUGCGCAGUCGCACUAUGAGCGCAGCGAUCACCACCCCAUGGGGCUCGUGAAGCAAGCGUACUCUGCGUGGGUCCUCACCUCCGUGAACGCCAAGCCGAGGAAAUGGCAUCUCACCGCGUACUUCACAUACGCGGACCUGCCGAACAUCCCCACUGUCGACAAGGACCCGCUCCUGAGCACGAUCUCGGUCCCAUCAGGAGUCUACAAAAGUGGCAAGGCGCGUUCAAGAAACUCGGACGCGUCGACGCCCGCACUGCCCUCACCGCCGUCCACACCUGGACCGGCAGGCCCAUCUUCCCGGCCGUCGUCGCCCCUCCAAUCAUCGUCCCGCGCAAAGAAGGACGGUGUCGUGCUGCCGUCGCUCCACUCUGCGAUCGUGAGCACCCCAAUGAAUUUUUCAGGGUCGCAUCAUCGCACCAAUCCGCGCAUGGCGGAGGACCAGCGGAUGAUUCAGAUGCUGAACUCGCGGCCUAUUCUAUGAUGUCUUGAUAAGAUAUCCUCUUCUGUCAUGCGCGGACGGCUGUUCGCUGCUCGCCGAGUGAUGUAUGGCUG